AUGUACGCACGCUGGGUUCCGCCCAAGAGCAAUGCUGCCAGCACGGCCCGGCCGGCAGAACCGGCUCCGGCUCCGGCGACCGCGCUCCCCAAUGGCGCCGACAUUGUCAACGGCGUCAAUGGCUCUCCCAGCUCCAGCCGCUUUGCUCCUCCACGACCGACACAACAGGCUGCUCGCCCGAUACCUUCUGCCCAACAGCCCAUACCAACACCAGCCGCGUCUCUGCCUGCAACCCAGAAACGGAAGAUUGUUUUUGAGGACGACGAAUACGCAAAUGUCUCUGCGGCCCGGCUGGGCCUGAUGGGUGGUGCCGGCGCAAGCAAACGGCCUCGGGCAUAUGAAGAGCCCGAGUCGACGGCUGUGUCGACACCUCGUACUGACGUGGACGCGAACAAGAGCACAAACGGAACAGCUCCGCCGGCGGGCGAAAAGAAGAAACGCAAGCGGAGGCGCAAGUCCAAGAAGCGCGGUGGCGACGACGAGGACAAUGACGACGAGGGUGACGAUGCCGAAGAAAACGACACGGUUGAGAAGAAGGAGAGGGAGAAAGUAGACACGGCAAAGGAGAAAAUACAAGAGACCAAGGAAGACGGGCAGACUGAAGUGCCCGUGGAAACGAAAGAGGUCGAGGACGAGCCAAAACAGAAGAAAAAGAAAAAUAGCAAAACGGACGGCGAGACAGAAGAAAAGAAAGAACAAAACAAGGACAAGAAGGCCCCGGCACCGCCUGCGGUAACAGAAGAGCCGAUGGAAGUAGACACGGAAGAGCCUGCUAGAGCCACCACCAUACCCGCCCAGGCUGUCGACACACCAAUGGUCGACCAGUUCAGAGAAAACAAACCGAAAAGGGAAAAGAAGAACAAAAAAUCCAAGAACGAAGCCGCCAUCUCCCAAGAGGUCGAGGAACUGUCCGUUCGUCAUAAAGCUCUGCUUGAGAAGAAGAACAAGUCCCUCAAAAAGGCCCAAGAACGCGCGCCAGCGACUGCCGCACGUGGCGAGGACAACGGCGCCAGCGCAGACGCCGCCAACGAACCAGCCGAACUCCACGGCCUCGAGCCCCUGCCGCAGCCCGCACCCAUCCCCGAAGGCACCGCCCGCCCAGCCUACGAUACCCUUCCACCGUGGCUGGCCGACCCUGUCCGUGUCGCCUCCACUACGCGCAAGCCCUUUGCCGAACUCGGCAUCAGUCCCGAAUUGGGCAUCGACGAGCGCGCGACGAAGGUCCUGCGUGAUGAAAAGGGCUGGACCGAGGCCUUUGCUGUCCAGACUGCCGUUGUGCCUAUGCUUCUACCCUCCCGCCGGCCAUCCAGAGGCGCCGGCCGCGGAGACCUCGUGAUUUCGGCUGCCACGGGCUCCGGCAAGACCUUGGCCUACGUACUGCCUCUGAUUCGUGACAUCAGCCGCACACGGGGCGUCACGCGCUUGCGCGCCGUCAUUGUUGUGCCAACACGUGAGCUGGUGCAGCAGGUGCAGGACGUCUGCGAGACGUGUGCACGGGCGUACGGCGGCAGCAGUGGUUCGGCCACAGACGGCAGCAAGACGUCGGGCAAAAAGGUUCGCAUUGGUGUUGCCAUGGGCAGCCAGUCGUUCAAAAAGGAGCAGGCCACGCUGAUGGAGGAGGACCAAGUCUAUGAUCCGGAGGGCUACCGGGCCUUGCUUAGCAACCGCCAGCGAUGGCCUUUUGCGGCUGAGGACGCAGCGGCAGAGACGUCCACCACUGCGACAGGAGUUUCUGCAACCUCGUACACAGCUGUCGAGACCAUUGGCCUACCCACUUCAUCAACCCUCCCCCUCCCCAACCACGUCAUCCAACACAUCUCCAGUGUCGACGUUCUCGUCUGCACCCCAGGCCGCCUCGUCGAGCACAUUCAGUCCACGCCAGGUUUCACUCUCGACUUUGUCCGCUGGCUCGUCGUCGACGAGGCCGACAAGCUGCUGGGCCAGAGCUACCAGCAGUGGCUGACGAUUGUCAUGGACAGGCUGGCGGCCACCUCUUCUUCCUCCCCCGCGUCCCACUCUGAGACCAACGAAAAGCUCGGUGCUCGCGACUUUGCUGACUCGUGCGAGAGCGGCGUCCGAAAAGUCGUGCUCAGCGCCACUAUGACGCGCGAUCUCAGUCUGCUCAACAGUCUGCGCCUCAGCCGUCCCACGCACAUUAUCCUCGAGGGCACGGCCCGGCAGGCCCAGGGCCUGGCCACCGAAGGCGACGAUGCCGCGUACGUUCUACCAGACCGUCUCCAGGAGUCGGCCAUUAAGGUGCGCGACGAGUCGCAGAAGCCGCUGUACCUGGUCGACCUGUUGCGGAGUGCACUGCUGUCCGGUGCCAGCGCUACUAGCGGCAGCAAGGCGGCAUCGACAGCCGAGCCAACUGCGGACAGUGAUGAGGAUAGCGAUAGCAAUAGCGAUAGCGACAGCGACUCGAGUGAACCUAUUGACUCCGACUCCUCGAGCGACUCGAGUGCUUCGAGUGUUGAUGACAGCGACAGCGACAGCGACAACAGUGACUCGAGUAGCGGCAACAGCGACACGGACGAAGACGAGGACACCACAUCAAACAAGACAAAAACGACCCCGGUCGCCCCUUUCAACAGCACCGUCCUUGUCUUCACAAAGUCCAACGAAAACGCCCUGCGCCUGUCCCGCCUCCUGGCCCUGCUCGCCCCCGAUCUCGCGCCUCUGAUUGGCACAAUCACAUCCACGACCCGUACAUCCGAGCGCCGCAAGACCCUACGCACCUUUGGCACCGAACCGUCCAAGAAGCUUCGCAUCCUCGUGGCCACCGACCUGGCUGCCCGCGGUAUUGACUUGCCCCGCCUCGACCACGUCAUCAACUACGACAUGCCGCCCAGCGUCGAGUUCUACGUCCACCGUGUCGGCCGCACAGCGCGCGCCGGCUGGGCGGGCCAUGCGUGGACGCUGUACACCAAGAAGGAGGCUGGCUGGUUUUGGCCGGAAGUAGCCGGCCAGAGCAGCAAGAACAAGUCAGCGCUGCUUGCCUCUUUGUCAUCCUCGGCAUCCACCGUCCGCCGCACGAACAAGGUAGCCAAAGCCGUGGUGGGUGGUGAAGACCGUGAGCACAAACAGAAGAAGCAGAAGCAGGUCGCUACAGACGGCGACGACGAGGGUGGUGCGCGUGCCUGGUUCGGCGAAGCGCGGCUGGCAGCGUACGAAGAAGCUCUGGAGCAGCUGGGCCGUGAAGCGGCCGACACGCGGAGGAAGUAG